CACACAUCAUCCCCGCGCUUCAACCCAACUACCUUGUCAAACUCUCAAGAAAGAAGCCAAGAACUCAUUAAGAAAGCACAAUGGCCGAAUUCCCUCCGCGAAGCCUCCAACCACUCGCCCAGGAGCUCGUCGAGCUCCUCAAGGCCCGGAAGCAGACCGUUUCUGUUGCUGAGACGGCUGCUGGUGGUCUUAUCUCCGCCUCCCUCCUCUCCGUCCCGGGGGCGUCGGCUGUGUAUAAAGGUGGAUUGACGGUCUACACCCUCGAAUCCCGUCUCGCCUUCGCGGGCUGGACGCAAGAACACAUCAAAAACUACUCUGGUCCCACCCCCGAGAUUGUCGCAGGAUUAGCCGAGAACACGCGCCGCACGCUCGGGUCGACGUAUGCUGUCAGCGAGAGUGGGACGGCCGGGCCGACGGGGGGGACGACGAGGAAUCGGACGCCUGGCUACGUAGCACUCGCAGUAGCAGGUCCGGCUGGAACGGAGACGCGCGAGAGCAACACGGGGAGUGCGGACCGGGCAGCGAAUAUGGUUGCUUUUGCAAAGGAGGGACUGCAGUUGCUCAAGGAGGUUGUUCUUGCGGGAGGAGGUGGGGAUAAGCUUUGAGGCUGAACACGACUAUGCUUGGUAUCCCUGCGGUUCGCGGGGUAUAGCUUGACUUACUGGUCGGGGACUUGAGUCGUUUUUCAGGAAACCAUAAGAGCUUCAAGCAUUACGGUCAAGAGUGCGUAGUUUCCCCAUGUUGGACUCUGGGUGAGGAGUCUGCUCUUGUCGAGGGUUUGGGCGAUGAAGGAUGGUAGGACAAACAUGUAGCUUGCACUGCGGGGGUGUUAUCGGAGCUUAUUGUUUCAAUACUCCGGAUGUUAAGAGGCAAAUUUAGAUCUGUAUCCCCAAACAUGGCACCUGGGCCGAUUUAAGAUUAUCA